GGACGAAAAACGCCUGUAGUAGUCGUAAAAAGGCCCGAGGGGUCGGUCCGCAUCCAUCCGUUACAUCGAAUUCUUUAUGUACCGUGCUUUACAGUCUCAGAAGCUUGAAGUCUAUUUUCUCAGUUUCAUCAACAAGCUCUCACAUUCGCGCAACUGCGGAAACAUGACGACUUUGUGGAGCAAACCAGCGGACCAGCGGACCGGCGCGAAGAGGGGUAAUGAGCUCAUCAUAUAUAUAAACUAGAACAUUGUAGUUACCAUUGUCCAUAUUUCGCAGCUCAGCCCUCUCUAUAUCAUAGGAUCAAAGACCAUUAUUUCGUGAUACAUCAUGGCUCCUCUCUCAUUCCGCCAAACCCUCGGCCAGGCCCCGCUAACAGCCACGACCAACGACUCCGCACUCGUCAUCAUCGACGCUCAGAAUGAAUAUGCAGAGGGAAAGCUCGCUGUGGCCGAUGUCAAGUCUUCGCGUGCCGCCAUAGGAUCACUGCUGUCAGCCUAUCGCGCAGCCGGAGGCCGCAUCGUUCACGUUGUGCACCAAGUUCCCGCCGGCGCACCCGUUUUCACACCCGAUACGCCGCUUGCAAGCGAAUUCGAAGAGCUCGCCAUCAAGAGCGGUGCUGAGAAUGAGGUGCUGAUUCAAAAGAACUUCCCCGGAUCGUUCACGAAGACCAACUUGGACGAGACGCUGAAGGGAUGGGGUGUAAAUAAGGUUGUGCUUGCGGGGUAUAUGGCGCAUGUUUGUGUGAGCACAACAGCGCGCGAGGCAUAUCAGGCAGGAUACGAAGUUGUGCUUGCCCGUGAUGCCAUUGGAGAUAGGGACAUUCCUGGUGUGGGCGGGGCGGAAUUGACAAAGACGGUUCUUCUUGAACUGGACGAUUGCUUUGGUACGGUGGUGGGUAGCAAGGAUAUCAAAUGAGGCCGUCUUGCAAUCGCACUGCUAUCCGUACUAAAUUAUGAGCAAGCUCUGUAUCGUCCAGGGAUAUAAAGGUUCAAAAUAAGGAUCAAUGCCGCCAUAUCCUGACUUGCUUAUCAGCACCUCCACUCGCAACCUUUUCACCGUCUGGGCUCCAGUCGACGGCAUAGACUUCGUCCUUGUGGCCUGGGAGAUCCUCCUUGAUCUUGCCCGUCCGUACAUCCCAAGCUUUCAGUGUCGUGUCUUUGCUUGAGCUGACGAGGAGACGACUGUCUGCAGAGAAACAGCAUUGAUAGACCGAAGCAACGUGACCCCGGAGAGAUGAAAUG